AUAACAUCUACAUUCUGAUUCGCCAUUAUUUUUCACGUAUUGAUUAAUAUUUAUAGAAAGACCAAAGAAUUACAUAGCUGAUUUUGUAUACUUGUUUAUUAUUAAGCAAGAUGGAAAAACGCAUCAAACUGCUAGUUGUCUGUUUUUGUGUGAUAAUUGCUGUCUUUGAAGCAAAAGGAAAAGGUGUAGCACCAGCAGUAAAGGAUGAGCUUCAACAAUGUAAUAGUUCAAGGGAAUGUGGCUAUAACCAAUGUUGUGUCGUCGAAAAUCUUAGAGGACGGAAAAAAAGAUCUAUUAGUUUUGCCGGAGUUUGUAGACCAUAUGGGCAAAUUGGUUCAGUCUGUGUAGUGGAAAAUCAAUAUGCUAAUGCUAAUGUGUUUCGAGGUUGGUGUCCAUGUAAAAAUCCAUUCAAUUGUAAUGGAUCAGGAAUUACUGAAGUUCCUUAUGGUGAAAAAGGGACAUGUGGAUAAGGAAUAGAAGACGAACUGGUGUUGAACUUUUAAAUAUCAAAGAAGAUUGUGAGGAAAAAAAAGUCUUCUGUCAAAUUUCUAAUAUGCAAUUUAUUUUGUUUUAAAAUGGAAAUUAUUAUAUUUGUAAUAAUUUCUAUUAAAAAUUAAAUACAUCUUUGGACUGUAAAA